GAAGAGCGGCAAAACUUCGAACCAGUUUGUGACGUUUGAAGCAUUGAACGUCAUCUAUCACGUGGUUUCGUAAUUUGAUACAAGCUCCAAAACACUUUUUCGAAACUGUGCGUAUUGGUUUUGCGACACAACCAUCGAUGCGUCAGUGUCAUACGUCCCAUCCCUAAAAAUGAUGCCUGGAGGAACAUCAGCUGCGCAAACAGCUACGGAUGAAGUCCAAAAAAUUUGUGAUGAGAUGAAGCCGCAUGCAGAGAAGAAAGCCGGAAAGAGUUUUGACACCUUCACAGCGAAAUCGUUCAAGACGCAGGUUGUGGCCGGUACAAACUACUUUAUUAAGGUCCAUGUUGGGGGAGAUGACCAUGUUCACCUGCGGGUGUACAAGACGCUUCCUCAUACAGGAGGAACACUGGAUCUGACAGGCCUGCAGGAUUCCAAAUCCCACCAUGAUCCCAUUGAGUAUUUCUGAUUUAAAAGUGAUCUACGUCUUCAAGUAGACCUGAUCCCCUCCAGUGCCUGGUUGUUUCAGUCUGAUUAGUAUGAUUUGUUACAAUAUUAUAUCAGUGAUCAGGUUUUCAUCCUAAUUUGUCUAUGCAGAAAUGUAUAUUAAAAAAAGGUUUCUGCUUCAUAUUCAAACAUGAUUGUGUGUGUAACCAUAUUAGCAGUUUGAUUGGAUGACACGAUUUUUUUGUAACACAGCCAAUAAAAGAAAUUAAAGAACAUUACUUUAAAA